AGCUCUGGAGCACUUGUCUGUCCUCUUCACACUCAAUUCCUUCAUUCUCUCUUCCUUUUUCUCAGCUUCCGAUUCUCCCUAUAAAGAAUAAGUCUCAAACGUACCGUUACUUUGCUUCUCCUUAAGCGUUUUACUCUCUCCCAAUUCUUACACUACACACAACUUCUUCUUUCUCUCUCUUUUUUUUUUUCUAACAAUGGAAGCAUCGGAUUUCUUCGUCAGCGGCUUUUUCUCACAUGCCGGAGACGAACAAAAUCCGAAUAACAACAAUAAUAAUAAUAACGGAAAUAAUUUUUCUGUGGAUGAUCUUUUGGUUAUCCCUAAGGAAGAUGAAGUGAUGGCCGACGCAUUUUUCAACAGUAUUACGGGAAAUUCUGCUGAUUCUUCCACCGUUACCGUCGUUGACAGCUGUAAUUCCUCUGUUUCUGGUGGAGAUGGCCAAUUCAACGGCAACCUGAGCUGCCGCAGCUUCACCGAUGCUCCGUUUCCUAACAGCGAACUCUGCGUUCCGUUCGAUGACUUGGCUGAGCUUGAAUGGCUCUCAAACUUUGUGGAGGAAUCAUUCUCAAGUGACGACGUUCAAAAUCUUCAAUUCAUUCCUGUAGCAAAGAUUAAUUCCUCCACCAUCACCACCGACAGUUCCUCCUCCGCCACCACAAUUUCAAACGGAACUAACUCGCCACCUGCCUUUCCUGCUGACACCUCUGUACCUGGAAAAGCUCGCAGCAAGCGCUCACGCGCCGCUCCCUGCGACUGGUCCUCACGCCUCCAGUUGCUCUUAUCCCCUGCCACGUCAUCAUCGGAGAGUACCAACGUCUCUGCUACUAACACUACUCUCGCCAUGGCCAAAGCCAGCAAAGCUCCAUCGAAGAAGCGAGAGAGCAUGGAAACGCCGGGACGGAAAUGCCUGCACUGUGCUUCUGAUAAGACACCGCAGUGGCGCACAGGUCCUUUGGGUCCAAAGACUCUGUGUAAUGCAUGUGGAGUUAGGUACAAGUCCGGUAGGCUUGUGCCGGAAUAUCGUCCGGCGUCGAGUCCAACGUUUAUCUCGGCGAGGCACUCGAAUUCCCAUCGGAAAGUUCUGGAGCUCCGGAGGCAAAAGGAUCUCCAGAGACACCAAGCACAUCACCAGCAUCAGUUGCUUAAUCAAUCCUCAAUUUUCGGUGUAUCAAACGGUGGUGAUGAAUUCUUGCUUCAUCAUCACCAAAAUUGUGGUCCAAAUUUCAGGCAUCUCAUCUAGUGUCAGUCAGCUAGUGUAGGGGAUAACUACUUUGCACUUUUCUCGUUUUAAAAGUUUGAAUUAACAUCCCAUUUUCCUAAUUCCAUCUAGUUUUAGAAAUUAAAAAAUGUUCAGGAUAUGAAGAGAGAGGAGGAAAAAAAAAGGUUCCUAUCAAUCCCAG